CUUUGACAUGUCGCCUCUCGCUCUGAUGAUCGCAGGAUCGUGCCGAGGCGCAUACUUAGUCAUGAUCUCCGAAGUCUUGCCUUGCCAUGUCGCGUCGCGACUCGAACGCGAAACGUCAUGACGGAGACCUUCGUGGCUUCUGCUGCUCUCGGUUCAUCGCACCUGUGCUGUCACUCCCUUUUUCUUAUUCAUUUGCGAAUCAAAGACUGGUGAUUCCGCUAUGCAGUCGUCCAAACCGCACGUGUUGGCUCGCAGGCCGCUUCCUGAUGCGGAUGAACCCGAAGCUCAAGAACUUCUCGAUUCCGACGACAAUGAUAUAGACGAUCAGAAUUCUAUUCGCCCCAGUUCACAAUGGAACAGACAUAUCGAGCCUUCUCUCGCUACUGUUCAACCUCAGGCUUGGCAAGGCACAACGGCCAUCCGUCAAAACUUCAUCAGACAAAUCCUAGGUCUCAAUCCGUUCAAAACGUCGUACUUCGCACUUUACAGGCCUUUGGAUGAUGUCGGAUCGAGAACUAUCUUGGUGUUGGGCAUCCUCCUAGCCAUGGCCGCAGGUAUUCCAAUCCCAAUGAUAGGCCUGAUUUUGGGCAGAAUCAUCAACAAUUUCCCGCCACCUCAGGACGAGCUUAGGACCUUGCUUGGAUACUUGAUGACAGUGGCAGCCUUUUAUUUUGUCGUGACUUGGGGCUGGGCUGUGUGUUGGGCUGUGAUAGGUGAACGAGUGUCCCGAAAAACGCGAGAAAACCUUCUUCAUCGCGCUCUAGGCAUGGAUAUGGCCUAUUUUGACACCGUCUCGCCCGACAUGACCAGUAUUCUCACGGAAAAAACACAGACAAUACAACUUGGGACUUCUGAAAAGGCAGGCAUCUUCAUCACCAGCAUCUCUUAUUUCAUUGCUGCAUUUACAGUGGGGUUCAGUUUGAAUGUCAAUCUCACACUUGUAAUGCUCGUCACUGUCAUACCAUCAAUGGCUUGCAUUUCAAUCUACGGAAACAAAAUGAUCUCACAGCUAUCACGGCAGGCCGCGGUAUAUACUGAGAAAGCUGCUUCUGUGAGUGAGAGUGCAAUCAGAGCUGUACAGAUCGUUCAAGCUUUUGGACUGUCAGAUCAACUCGGCGAAGAGCAUGUCAACCAUCUUCGAAGCGCUUUGAGGAUUGGGAUAAAGAAAGGCACAGCCGGAGCUCUUAUGCUUGGCGCUGUGUAUUUUGUAGCCUAUGCGGCGAAUGCUUUGGCCUUUUGGUACGGCGAUCGUUUACGCAGUGGAAGUGCAGAAGCAGGUACUAUAUACGCCACUGUUUUUCUGAUCCUAGACGCAGCGUUUGUCAUGGGCUCUUUCGGGCCACACAUACAGACGUUCGCUCUGGCUGCGGCCGCUGGACAAUCCGUUACCGGGAUCCUAGAUCAUCCACGCUCUGACAUUGACGUUUAUUCUGCGAAAGGGAAGCAGGUCAGUGGACGGCUUUUUGAAGAAGACAUUGUGUUUUCUUCAGUGUCUUUUGUCUAUCCAGCACGACCGGCCGCCAGGAUUCUUGACAGCAUCAAUCUGCGAUUUGCGCCUGGAAAGGUCACUGGAUUGGUGGGUCCAUCUGGAUCUGGGAAGUCCACAGUCACUUCAUUGCUUUUGCGACUCUACGAUCCAUCCUUUGGAACCAUCAAGCUUGGCCAAAGUGACCUAAAGGCCUUCAAUAUUUCCAGUCUACGUUCCCACGUGGCCCUAGUCACGCAAAAUCCGGUGCUCUUCACGGGAACCAUUCUUGAAAACAUUAGGCAUGGAUUACCACAGGACGAAGUUCUAUCUGAGGAUGAAGUGUUUGAAAGAUGUGUUGCCGCCGCUUCUGAAGCUCACUGUGAUUUUUUGGACCGUCUGCCCGAUGGUUUGCAUACUCAAAUUGGCUCUGGUCCCCAUUCUCGACUUUCAGGGGGACAAAAGCAACGCAUUACACUUGCGCGGGCAUUAGUAGGAAACCCUUCGCUGCUCUUGCUAGAUGAAUUCACUUCAGCUCUAGAUCCUACGUCUGAGUCUAUCAUACUGGAGAACUUGAAGCGUUCUUCAGCAGCAUUCGGCCGGAUGACAAUCAUCAUUGCGCAUCGACUCGCAACAGUCAGGUUUGCUGACCACAUUAUUGUGAUGAAAGAUGGUGCUGUCGCAGAAGAGGGACAACAUGAUAUCCUUAUAAGAGCCAACGGUGUCUACGCUGAGUUGACACGAGCUCAGCAAUUCGACAAAAGCCAACGUCCAACUGCUAUAUCCACCAAGUCCAGUGCUUUGUCUUUAUACAAAGAGAAUACCAUUUCUCAAGAGGUUUCGAGUUCCGAAGUAUCUCUGCUCCCGAAAGAGACGCGCGACAUGGGCGCUCCUGAGUUGAUUGCAAGGUGUCUUGCAUUGAGUCGAGACGAAGCCCCGGCUAUAGCCGUUGGCCUUGUUUCUUCAGUGUUUAGUGGAGCACUCAUCAUCGGGGAGGCGCUCAUCUUUGGCAAUCUAGUCGAACUCCUCAACGACACCUCGAGAUCUGACGGAUUGACCUCCAACAUCUCAUUCUACUGCCUUAUGUUCUUUGUACUAUCCAUCAUCGCCUUCGUCUCGCACUCGUGCGGCAAGACAGCUUUCGGCAUUGUUUCUGAACGGUUAGUAUUGAGAAUUCGAGACAUAUCGUUCCGUACGAUUCUCAAACAGGAUAUUGCUUGGUUUUCCAAACCUGGUCAUUCUCACCAUGCUCUCAUGGCCAAGAUCAACAUGGACUCUGGCAGUAUCAGUGGACUUUCUGGUGUUAUACUGGGCACAAUUCUCUCCAUCACCACCUCAGUCGUCGGUGGAAUCAUUUUGGCUCACAUCGUAGCCUGGAGGAUUGCCAUCGUUUUGCUCGCAGCCGUACCAGUCAUGGUCCUUGCUGGCUUCCUACGUCUCCGCAUCUUAGCGAUGGCCGAGGAACAUCACCAAACUGCAUACAACGAUGCAGCCUCGCUAGCUUCUGAAGCGACAUCUUCUAUGCAUAUUGUUGCUGCCUUCGGCCUAGAACAACGUAUCCUCGAAAAGUAUCAAGAGGCUAUUCGCAAGCCUUAUGAAGAGCACCUGCGGUCCAGCAUACUCGGAAACAUCAUGUUCGCAUUCUCACUUUCAGUAACGUAUCUGGUUUACUCGCUAGCAUAUUGGUGGGGCUCUAAACAAGUGCGUAACGGGAACUACACUCAGCGAGAUUUCUUCAUCGUUCUUCCUGCGCUUCUCUUCUCAGCUCAAGCUGCUGGUCAGCUUUUCAGUCUGGCGCCAGAAAUAACAAGAGCAAAGGCAGCUGCGCAGAGCGUCUUCUCCUUACAUGAUGAGCGACCGAGUAUCAUUGUGGAAUCAAUAUCGCUUGACUAUUCCAUUAGUGAACCAGCGGCGGACACAGACGCCCUGCUUACAAGCUCAUCUGCUACUUAUGGUACUUUCAAUGGACUGGCAAGUUCUUCAGCCAUUCAGGACAGUCCCAGCAUUAGGGGAGAGCUUGAGUUUCGUGGAGUCAGCCUCCACUACGAGUCUCGUCCAAAUGUUCCUGCUCUGAAUAAUGUCUCUUUUCUCAUCAGACAGGGUGAAUAUGUUGCUUUUGUUGGGCGUUCGGGCGCAGGCAAAUCAAGCACGGUCCACUUGAUUGAAAGGUUCUUCGAUCCGUCGUAUGGACAAGUCUUCUUAGAUGGCCGAGACAUACGUGGAGAAGCCGUACAGAAUCAUCGGGCUCGUCUAGCGCUUGUGGAACAAGAACCGGAUCUCUUUCCUGGAACCGUCAAGUUCAACAUCGGUCUUGGCAAACGGCCAGGCACGGAAGUGAGCGGCGAGGAUAUUGUACGAGUCGCGAAAGAGUGUGAACUGCACGAGUUUAUAAUGAGUCUCCCUGAGGGCUACAACACACAAGUUGGAGCGCACGGAUCGAAACUUUCAGGCGGUCAACGACAAAGGCUCGCCAUAGCAAGGGCACUAAUACGUGAUCCAGAGAUACUGCUCCUUGACGAGGCGACAUCUCAGUUGGAUGCAAACACUGAAAAAGAGAUCCGCAAAGCUAUUGCUGCCGCUUCCAAGGGCCGGACCACUAUCAUGAUUGCUCAUCGAUUGGCCAGCGUCCAGCAUGCAGACCGUAUAUUUGUUUUUGAUGCUGGUCGCAUUGUCGAGCAAGGGAGACACGAUGAACUCGUCUCGAUGGGUGGUGUAUAUGCCGCUAUGGUCGGCGCACAAGAGUUGGACUGAUCGCCUUCUAAUAUUUCCAACCCAGCGUACUUAUGGUUGAUUUCCUGGUUUAUAUUUUGUACUUGUACACAUCUGUUCUUCUGUUUGUUUGUUAGACUCUAGAUCAUCGCCUGUUUACUCCUGCUUGAAAGUUUCCCUUUUAUGUUGCUAGAAAAAGAUUCGUCGAUGGCUUCUUUCAUUUGGUUUAGCAAUAAUGUAUGUACUAAUAAUAGUCUCUUGGGCUCAGUUGUCAACUUUGUGUCAAAAGCGUUCGAUGUAAACCAGCUCUAGCCACCUCGCUGUCUUC